CCGUCUCUGCAUUUGUCCCCCCUCGUCCUCUCAUACUCCGUCUCUUCUCUCUGUGUACUUCGUCAGCAACUAUGGCACCGUUUCCCUGGGGCAAGUUCUUCAUCUCUACCUUUGGCAUCAUGGGCGUAGGAUAUGCCGUCAUGAAAGCCACAACACCUACACCAGAGCAGACAUAUGCUGCCAUGUCACCCGACUUGCGCAAAAAGGUCGACGCGAAUCGCGCAGCCAGGCUCGCGAGAGAGAACGCUACCCAGCAACAAGUCUCUGCACAGCUCAACGACCCCGACGCACAAAAACCUAUAUGGGCAGACGGCUCAAGAUCAUGACCUCAACGACCCCUUUCCACCACUCCCCGCUUCGGCCCACUACUCGCUUAAUCCUCUUGUAUCUAUCCGCCUACUGGAAUGUAAUCCAACUAAUUC